AUUCAGUAAUAGAGCAGAGGUAUUUAGCGCAGGCGCAUUCCAGCUCCAUCAUUGUGUCUACAGGAGCAGCACUAGAGAGACAAACCUCGUUUACCUUUAAUAACCCAACCCGUGUCAUUUCACACAGAAACCACCGCUAGAUUCGGCAGAGGAGGACCUCUGAAUUAUGAAGCAAUGCUCCGCUGGACCCUCUCUCUCCUGCUCUAGUUACAACAACUCCUGCCGCUUCACCGCAACCAAAAGCGCUUCUGCCGCUGCUAGUGGUUUGGCUGCCUCCUAAAGGGACAAAAAGGAGAAUUCGCAGUCCUCAUCAGCUGUUGUCUAGUCACAUAUGGUGCAUUGUUUGCAUUCCCGAGUCGACAUCCCUACUUCUCAGCUUCUUGCCAGCCUGUGGCACUCAUAGUGUUCAUCAACACAGGAUAUUAAUAAGCGUGUGCUCUUGUUUUGCCUGGAUUGUACACGCUAAAGGCCUAUUUUUUUAUUUCGUUUUUCCUCUCCACUGCCAUACGGGUGGUGGCAGGACAUCAUAGGCCAUGGAGCCCAAUAUAGAGUACUGUCUGACCCAGGUUCUACAGAAGGAUGUGGCCCGCAGGUUGCAGAUGGGUCCGGAGCUCAUCGACUACAUCACAGAUGCUGACAAAUGUCACGACCUGGAGAGUGACCAGACUGCACUGGAUAAAAUGGUGGACGGUAUCGCCACCUCUUGGGUUAACUCCAGCAACUUCAAGUUGGCUUUGUUGGGAAUGGACCUUCUAUCUGCCUUAGUGACGAGAUUACAGGACCGAUUUCGGGCCCAAGUUGGUACAGUUUUACCGAGCUUGAUAGAUCGGUUAGGCGAUGCCAAAGAUCAAGUCAGAGACCAUGAUCAAACCCUUCUGCUGAAGAUCAUGGAGCAGGCAGCUACUCCUCAGUACAUGUGGGACCGAAUGUUGGGGGGGUUCAAACACAAAAACAACCGGACCAGAGAGGGAGUGUGUCUCUGUCUCAUCUCAACUCUAAACAAAUACGGUGCCCAAGGCUUAACCCUGAGCAAAAUUGUACCACAUAUAUGUAAUCUACUCGGAGACCCCACAAGUCAGGUUCGGGAUGCGGCCAUGAUCUGCCUUGUGGAAAUAUACAGACAUGUUGGAGAGAAGGUUAGGAUUGACCUUAGUAAAAAAGGACUGCCGCAAUCGAGGUUGAAUGUAAUUUUCAGCAGAUUUGAUGAAGUCCAAAGAUCUGGGAACAUGAUCCUCUCCUCAGGUUCAGAUAAGAACUUUGAUGACGAGGACUCUGUGGAUGGGGGCAGGUCCUCCUCCUCUUCCUCUUCUAAGGGCUUCUCCAACAGCAGGAGAGGGGGCAGCAUGGGCUCAAUGAGACGACCCAGUUCUGCCUCUGGAUCCAGGGCUCCAGUGAAGGAUAGUGUCAGUGCAGGAGCUGUGGAUGAAGAGGAUUUUAUCAAGGCUUUUGAAGAUGUACCUGCAGUUCAGAUAUAUUCCAGUAAGGAGUUGGAGGACUCCUUGAAUAAGAUCCGUGAAGUUCUGUCCGAUGACAAGCAAGACUGGGAACACCGUGUCACUGCUCUGAAGAGAGUGCGGUCGCUGCUUCUGGCUGGUGCAACCGAACAUGAGGGUUUCCUUCAACAUCUACGGCUUUUAGAAGCUGCCUUCAAGCUGUCGGCUAAAGAUCUUCGGUCUCAAGUGGUUCGAGAGGCCUGUAUCACAUUAGGGCAUCUGUCUUCAGUGCUGGGGAAUAAAUUUGAUCAUGGGGCUGAAAACAUCAUGCCUACGCUGCUCAACUUGGUGCCCAACUGCGCCAAAGUUAUGGCCACGUCUGGAAUGGCAGCCAUCCGCCUCAUCUUGCGACAUACACACUUCCCACGCCUUAUCCCGAUCAUCACCAGCAACUGCACUUCUAAAUCUGUGGCUGUUCGAAGACGGUGUUAUGAGUUUUUAGACCUGUUAUUGCAAGAAUGGCAGACACACACUCUAGAGAGGCAUGUGGCAGUUCUCACUGAGACCAUCAAGAAGGGGAUCCAUGACGCUGACUCAGAGGCCAGAUCUGUGGCCAGAAAGUGUUACUGGGGAUUCCAUGGCCAUUACAGUCGAGAGGCAGAGCACCUGUUUCAGGCGUUGGAGUCGACCUAUCAGAAGGCCCUCCAGUCUCACCUGAAGAGUUCUGACAGUAUAGUGUCUCUACCGCAGUCUGACCGCUCCUCCUCAAGCUCGCAGGAGAGCCUCAAUCGACCGCUGUCAGUGAAGAGUGUCAUUGGAGGCCCUGUUACAAGAAGUAAAGUGAUCGGCUCUAGGGUGUCCUCCACCCCUGGUGCCCUCCAGCGUUCCCGCAGUGACAUAGAUGUGAACGCCGCCUCCAGUGCCAAAUCUCGCAUGUCCACCGCAACCUCCCCAUCUCCCUUCAGCUCCGCUGCAGCUCUGCCUCCAGGCUCCUAUGCCUCCCUGGACGGUGCACCUGGUAAAAUAGAUGGUCGAGUGCGGACGAGAAGGCAGAGCUCAGGGGGUGCGGUCAGCGCCAACAGCACCGUUACAGACAGCCGUGGUCGAAGCAGAGCUAAAGUGGUCUCUCAGUCCCAACGAUCCAGAUCAGCUAACCCCACUAGUGCCGGCAGCAGAUCCAGUUCUCCAGGGAAGCUCUUGGGACAUGCGUAUGGCAGAAUUCCUAGAGCCACUGCCCCAACAACUCCCUCAGACAAGUACUCAAGGGUCCCAAGAAGCCAGGGAUGCAGCCGUGAAACCAGCCCCAGCAGAUUGGGCAUAGCCAGGCUGUGUGGUAAAGCUCUUCUUCCUGCCACUUCUUCCUAUCGCACGCUAGCCCGGAGCAGUCGCAUCCCCCGCCCCAGCAUGAGUCAGGGGUGCAGCCGUGACACCAGUCGCGAGAGCAGCCGUGACACAAGCCCCACUCGGGGCUUCACUCCUCUUGCCUCCCGACGUCACUCUCGCUCCACCAGUGCGCUGUCCACGGCUGAACCCGUGGGCCAGUCAGAUCGCUUUGGCCUGAUCCAUCAGGCUCGCAUUUCUGCAUCUGUCAAUGCUAUGAGGGUGCUGAACACUGGCACAGAAGUGGAGGCUGCUGUGGCUGAUGCUUUGCUGUUAGGAGACUCCAGGAAUAAGCGCAAGCCUUUGAGAAGGAGGUACGAGUCUGAUGAUGAUGCCAACAGCGACGCAUCCAGUGCCUGCUCAGAGCGUUCCUAUAGUUCCCGUAACGGAGGCAUUCCUCACUACCUGCGUCAGACAGAGGACGUCGCUGAGGUGCUAAACCACUGCGCCAGUUCCAACUGGUCAGAGAGGAAGGAGGGCCUGCUGGGUUUGCAGAACCUGCUGAAGAGCCAGCGCAUUCUCAGCCGUGUGGAGCUCAAGAGGCUAUGUGAGAUCUUCACCAGGAUGUUUGCAGAUCCUCACAGCAAGAGAGUGUUCAGCAUGUUCUUAGAGACUCUAGUGGAUUUCAUCACCGUGCACAGAGAGGAUCUCCAGGACUGGCUUUUUGUACUGCUCACUCAGCUGCUGAAGAAAAUGGGAGCUGACCUCUUGGGCUCAGUCCAAGCUAAGGUCCAAAAGGCUCUGGACGUCACAAGGGAGUCUUUCCCCUUUGACCAGCAGUUUAACAUUCUAAUGAGAUUCAUUGUUGAUCAGACUCAAACCCCCAAUCUGAAGGUGAAGGUGGCCAUCCUGAAAUACAUUGAGUCCCUGGCACGGCAGAUGGACCCUGCAGACUUUGUGAACUCAAGUGAGACAAGAUUAGCCGUGUCUCGCAUUAUCACCUGGACCACAGAACCCAAGAGCUCUGAUGUUAGAAAAGCUGCCCAGGUGGUGCUGAUCUCACUCUUUGAGCUGAACACUCCUGAGUUCACCAUGCUGCUGGGUGCUCUGCCUAAAACCUUCCAGGAUGGAGCCACCAAGCUCCUGCAUAACCAUCUGAAGAACUCAAGCAACACCAGCAGAGUGAGUUCACCAAGCAAUACAAUGGGCCGCACGCCACCCCGGCACCCCACCAGCAGGACCAGUCCUCUCACCUCGCCCACGAAUUGUUCCCACGGGGGUCUGUCACCCAGUAUGCUGGAGUAUGACACAGAGAACAUGAAUUCUGAUGAGAUCUUUAGCUCGCUGCGCGGUGUCACAGAAGCCAUCCAGAGCUUCAGUUACCGCAGCCAAGAGGACCUGAAUGAGCCAAUCAGACGUGAUGGGAAGAAGGAUGAUGCUGCUGGGAAGGAAGGGGCAUCUCCGGGGUCUGAUGCCAGACUGGGAUUGGACGUAAUGGAAGGGGGUCGAACUGCUUUGGAUAAUAAGACGUCUUUACUUAACACACCGUCCCCACGGUCUUUCGCUGUGCCGCGGUCAAGAGAGUUCGCACCCUAUGGCUACGGAGACACAAUCACGGCCUAUGACAAAAGUGCCCUGAAGGAGGCUGUUUUUGAUGAUGACGUGGAGCAGUUCCGAGACUGCCAUCGGCAAGACUGUGGUGAGAACAAGAUGGUGCUGCCCAAGGGCUUUACUCCUGAUCUGGUGGCAGACCUACUGAAGGAGCUGUCCAAUCACAACGAGCGAGUGGAGGAGAGGAAGGGGGCUUUGAUCGAGCUGUUGAAGAUUGCUCGUGAGGACAGCCUGGCUGUGUGGGACGAACACUUCAAAACAAUCCUAUUGCUGCUAUUGGAGACACUCGGGGACAAGGAUCACACUAUCCGAGCUCUGGCUUUACGGGUUCUGAAGGAGAUUCUGAGGAACCAGCCAGCACGCUUCAAGAACUAUGCAGAACUCACAAUCAUGAAAACACUAGAAGCUCAUAAGGACUCUCAUAAAGAGGUGGUUCGGGCGGCUGAAGAGGCUGCCUCUACGUUGGCUGGCUCCAUUCACCCAGAGCAAUGCAUCAAAGUGCUGUGUCCCAUCGUACAGACCGCAGACUAUCCCAUCAACCUGGCUGCUAUUAAGAUGCAGAGCAAAGUGGUUGAGCGCAUUGCCAGGGAGUCGCUGCAUCAGCUGCUGCCAGACAUCAUCCCUGGCCUCCUACAAGGCUAUGAUAACACAGAGAGUAGUGUUCGCAAGGCCAGUGUGUUCUGUCUGGUGGCCAUCUACUCUGUGAUUGGUGAGGAGCUGAAGCCACACUUGGCCCAGCUCACGGGUAGCAAGAUGAAGUUGUUAAAUCUGUAUAUUAAGAGGGCCCAGACCACCAACAGCAACAGCAGCAGUUCUUCAGAUGUGUCGUCUCACAGCUAGCCGGAUGUACUCUAAUCAGUGCCCUACACGUGCAUUUGGGAACAUAGUUGUGCCUCCUUCAGACAUCCUUUUUUUUAUUGCUUCAUCACAUUCAUCACAUUUUCCCAGAGAGAUGUGUUGCUCACUUCAAUCAGACUUUUCUUUUCAUCCAACUCCUGAAAGCUUCUUAGUUAAUGUCUCAUGCAUCUUUCCAUCUGUGGAACAUUGAAUGUAAAGGGGUUCGGAUCAAGAAAAAUGCAUGCCGGCUUUUUGAUAGGGAACAGAUCUUCCAUGAUUGGCAUAGCUUCCUUAAUUGGAGCAAACAAGCUAUCUUCAGCUUCUGAAGAGGUGAUUCGUUAACUACAUUUAUUAGUAAUAACUUAUUCAUGUUUGCAAGUGGUGUUAAAGGUUUAAUCGAGUUAUUUGGAUAUUUUAAACGGGCACCGUUGGGUUAACUAAUACAUCACUUGAAUCUCAGUUAAUGCUAAUGGAUCAUUUGGCUGGCCGAGUGAUAAAUGUAAAGAAAAGAGAAACAUUUAAGUAAUUUGUAGGUUUGGCUACAAUGACAACCAAAAAAAAUGUAGAAUUAAAACAUUCUUAUAUUCAUUUUUAUUUCAUGGGACCGCAAUACCACAUCCCGUAAUGUUGAAAGUGUAGGAAAUAAUGUUUGUUUCCAAGUCUUUAAAAAGGCUAAUGUAAAGCAAUUGUGUUGAUUUUAUUAUAGGAUGGAUUAUGUGUUCAAAAUGUAGGCCUCACUACAGAAUACAAGGACAAACUUCUGAAUGUUGAGCUUUUCUUUUCAUCUUUGGAAAAAAAAAGCGAAAGGUUUUGGGAGUAAACGUGCAAGCCACAACACACUUGGACAUUUAAAAGUUGACAAACACUCAAUGGAGUCAGAAACAUGACCCAGGAGCAUCUUCAGACAAGAAACAAUGAAGGAAACCGAUUGAAACUUUGUUCUUGGAGCAAGAGGAUUGUGAUGGAAAUUUCCAAACUACUAUGCCUUACGUUCCUUUUUCUGUUUUCAAAGCUCAGACUGUUAAGAUAUACGUGUCCACAGGCAUUCUUACUACAUCGCUAAAGCAUGGUGCUGCAAGUUUGCGCAGCACAUGUCUAUGACACUAAUGAAAACCCUCUAAUCUGGCUGAAGAACUAGAGGUGAUGUUAUGUUCUCUGAAAGCUCUGAACUCUUUCUUUUCCUUGUUCAUCUGGAGAUUUUUCCCAUCUGAUGUUAAGUGCUGAGCGUUUAGUGUUUUGUACAUACCUUACAAUCAUUGCUUCUCCCUCCCCCACAAAAUUAAGGUAAAAAUGAUGUUGCACUCUUUUGCACAUUAACAAAUAGCCUGCAUGUUUUGACGACAUAACCAUCCUGUGCUGCCGCGACUGACCUAGGUUUGGCUGUUUGUGCCAUGUCAGCGGUCUGGUCGGUCUGUAAAUACAGUAUUAUUAUUGUUAUUAUUAAUAUGUUGCCCGUGUGGGGAAGUAAGUGCAAAGCUCAAAUGGGUCUCACAGUUGACCAAAAUGUCUGUUUGUCUCAGACUGUGAACCAGACCAUAUUAGAAAUUAAGGACAGACAUUUGAAAGCACCCUACUUUCCUUAAGUAUUAUAUACUGGGGCGUGUGGCUUUUAUUGGUAUGCUAAGUGUGCGUACCCUUGUUUGUUGUGGCAUUUCUUUCUAAUGGUUUUUAACCGGUUCAGACCAUGAACCAACAUUUUGUUUUAGACUGGGGCUAUUCAUAAAAAUAAUCUGUUAAUGAAAGAACAAAGCCAACUGUGAGGAUCAACAAUGCAAGUGUUAAGUUAAACGUGGCCCCUUGGUUUUCCUAAAAUGUUGACUUCUAAUGGUAUUCCAUCAAACAAUUCACUACGCAUGUUAGACUUUAUGUUUUGUCAUUGGACACAGAUACACUAUUGUAUUUGUAAAGUUGUUAUUUCAUUUCCUGUCCCAAUGUACAGUUUUCUUUUUUUUUUUUCAAAGGCUUGUGAUAGAUUUACACCAACCUAAGUUUGGCCUAGAAUUAAAACAACCAGAAACAUGAA